AUGGUGACUUUUCUUGCUGUCGGCAUCGGUCUCCACGCUUGCGCACUCUGCGGCACCGAGGGGAAGGUAUAUCUCAGUUUUUGUUUUGUUUUCAAGCGCAGCCCUCGGACGGCUUCAGGGGUCUCCGAGGAUGACGGCGUACCCUCGUCUCCGAAGAUGAUCAUGUAUAUAAUGUCCGUAUCUCACCACUCAAGCCGCUUCGCGAUCACCGCCCACCUUGGUCGUACUCGAAGCAGCGUGUGUCUGGCUUCAGGACGAGCUCCACGAUGGAGCCGUGAGCAGGAGCCGCCCACGAGCGCCCAAAUGUCCAACCACGGCCACACAUCAUCGGGUGGCCGAUCUUCUUCUUCUUCUUCUUCUUAUUAUUAUUAUUUUUAUGUGUCUUUGUGCGUUCCACCGUCUGCCUGCUUCUCCUCUCCUCUUCCUUUUCACUGGGCAGUACGGCCAGCCCGAGCCCAGCGUGUCGGCACGGAGGUCUCCCGCUCGAAGAGCGGAGGGGCCUCGGCGAGGUUGCUUGCUUCGGUCGAUUUGGGGCACCCACCACGUGCGUAA